GGGAGAGGGAAAAGGAAAACAUUUAAAAGAAAGAAAAGCAAUGGUGCAUGCAUGCAUGCAUCCAUCCAUCCAUCCAUCCAUCCAUCCAUCCGGACUUAGAUCCAAAGACAAAAAAAGGUCACGAAAGUCUCUUCGUAGUCUUCCACUUUCUUUCUCUUUUCCUCUGUUUUUCCUCUGUUUUCUCUCUCUCUAUUACACAGCUUUACCCUAACUUCCUUUCAAACCCCACACCUGCCGGAGCUUCCCUUCUUCUCGAAAUGACCUUUCUGCCCUUUCCCUCUUCCCCAAUUUCCACCUUCUUCCUCCUCCUCCUCCUCUGACUCUCUUUCUUCUUUCUCUCUCUCUCUCUUUCUCUUUCUUCAUGGACCCCACUGAUUCCGACCUCCCCGAUCCAUCUAAUGCCUCCUCCGGUGCUAAGUACAAGCUCUUGUCUCCCGCCAAGCUUCCGAUCUCCAGGUCCCCUUGCAUUACCAUCCCUCCUGGCCUCAGUCCCACUUCAUUUCUCGACUCUCCUGUUCUUCUUACCAACUUGAAGGUAGAACCUUCUCCGACUACUGGGUCCUUUACCAAGCUUCCAAUGGCACAUGACUCUUCUGGCUCAGCGAUUUAUCCAAUGACCAGCAUGGCUUUCUCAAAUACUAACGCCUCGGAUGAAGGAAGAUCCAACUACUUUGAGUUCAAACCAUAUGUUGGACCAAAUAUGGUUCCUGCAGAUUUGAGUCAUAGGAAAGGUGAACAAUUUUCUGAAGUUCAAGGUCAACCUCAACCUUUUACUGCUCCACCCAUGACUAAAAUGGAGAUCAGUGUCAUGUCAAAUGAUUUGAGUCGAUCAACCCAGAUGGACACACAUACAGUUGCCUCAGGGGUUAGUGUUCCUGAAGCCAAUGGAGAUGAGAUCAACCAUAGUUUGAACACAAAUAGCAGGGUUCAGGCUCCACAAUCUGAUCCAAAAGGCAGUGGUAUUCCAGUAGUUUCAGAUAGGUUAUCUGAUGAUGGAUAUAACUGGCGGAAGUAUGGACAGAAGCAUGUUAAAGGGAGUGAAUUUCCGCGUAGCUAUUAUAAAUGUACCCAUCCUAACUGUGAAGUGAAAAAGCUCUUUGAACGCUCCCAUGAUGGGCAAAUAACUGAUAUUAUCUAUAAAGGUACCCAUGAUCAUCCUAAGCCUCAGCCAAGCCGGCGAUAUUCUGCCAGUGCUUCUAUGAAUGUUCAAGAAGAUGGGACUGAUAAGCCUUCAUCUUUACCUGGCCAAGAUGACAGGUCUUGCAGCAUGUAUGCUCAGACAAUGCAUACCAUUGAGCCAAAUGGAACUACAGAUCCAUCCAUGCCUGCAAAUGAUAGGAUCACUGAAGGUGCAGGAACAACUCUGCCAUGCAAGAAUCACGAUGAGGUUGAUGAUGAUGACAUAUACUUGAAACGGAGGAAAAUGGAACUUGGUGGUUUUGAUGUCUGCCCAAUGGUUAAACCAAUCAGGGAACCGCGUGUUGUGGUUCAAACUCUAAGUGAGGUUGAUAUACUGGAUGAUGGGUAUCGCUGGCGGAAAUAUGGUCAGAAGGUAGUGAGAGGAAAUCCCAACCCGAGGAGUUAUUACAAAUGCACAAAUGUUGGAUGCCCUGUUCGAAAACAUGUUGAAAGAGCAUCCCAUGACCCAAAAGCUGUUAUAACUACAUAUGAAGGGAAACAUAAUCACGAUGUUCCCACUGCAAAAACUAGUAGCCAUGAUGUCACAGGCCCAUCGACAAUUCCAUCAUCAAGGUAUAGACUCGAGGAGAGUGACACCAUAAGCCUUGAUCUCGGCGUUGGCAUUGGCACAGGUGGUGAGAAUAGAUCAAAUGAAUACAGGCAGGCAUUGCAUUCACAACUUGUUGAAAACCGAGCUCCAAGUGGGAAUUUCAACUUUGAAGUAGUUCAAGAGAACUCGGCACCGACCUAUUUCGGUGUGCUCAAUAGAAGUGUUAUAAAUUAGCAUGGAUCAAGAGAGUUUGAAUGAAACCCGCAAUAGGGAGAUUGCUCCUCUAAAUCAUUCGUCUUAUCCAGGAGCAAAUCAUUCUUCUCAUCCAUAUCCGACAGAGCGUUGGAAGGAUACUAACAGGGCCUUAAGUUUCAAAGCAGUGAAGCCAUGUGUGACAAGUUGCCAUCAUUUUUCAUCAACCCUAUAUUGCUUUCUUUUUCAUUUGGAUGGCUUAGGACGAGAGUGAAUAUGUGGAAUAUUAGAGUUCUUUAAUGUUUGCCCUUUGUUGUUUAUGAGCUUAUGCGGAGGUUAACUGCCUUAGUUCUUCUAACUUCUAAGUCAAUACAUGUACAAAUAUGAUAUGAACCACCUCGUAUUAUUUGUUACACAGAAGAUGUAUUUUUACAAUGUAAUUCAAAUACUGGAAAUAUAA